GCAACAAUGUAGUAAUCGAUCGGAUGCGGAAAAUAGUGAAAACACAACAACACAUGUGUACACAUUCUUCGUGGCAAGUGUUCAAAAAGGUAUUUAAUCAACGAAAAGGCACAUUGGCACAAACCUCAAUCGCCGCUGGUAAAUUGAACGACUUCACAUGCCGUCCAGUGGACGACAGCAGAGAAUGAGCUCGACUUAUCCAAAUGCGCCACUUGGCGUACGAGUUAUAAGCUACCUAGCGCCGAAGCUAUGUCCCCGGUUCCAGCUCAACCGCGUGCUGUGGUUCAAAUGUUCCGUCUUUGGGUUGACCUACCUUGCCUACACGUGCUACCACAUGACACGGAAGCCAAUCUCCGUCGUGAAAUCCGUACUACACCGGAACUGCUCGAUGGUAACGCUUCCACCGGAGUUCGUAACGCCCGCUGGUGGAGCUGAUCCGACAGCAACUUCACCCUUGCCAACGGACGGCACGUGGUGUGAUUAUCCGCCCUUUGACCAGCCUGACUUUAACUCACUGCUUGGUGCGCUUGAUUCUGCGUUCCUGUUCAGCUACGCCAUUGCGAUGUUCUUCGCCGGAUUCAUCGCAGAGCGCGUGUCACUGCGAUACUUCCUUGCUCUCGGAAUGGCGUUUUCGGGCGUGUUUUGCUACAUGUUCGGUAUGGCCAAAGUGUACGACAUUCACACGAUCUGGUACUUUAUUGCCGUGCAGGCACUAGCGGGCAUGUUCCAGACCACCGGCUGGCCCGGUGUUGUCACCGUCUUGGGCCGCUGGUUCGGCAAAUCGAAACGAGGGCUCAUCUUUGGCAUCUGGAACAGCCACACCUCGAUCGGGAAUGUUCUGGGGACUGUGAUCGCGGCACACUACGUUGAGCGGGACUGGUCAAUGUCGUUUGUCGUGCCGGGAUUUCUGAUGGGCCUGUGUGGUUUUGUAAUGUUUCUGUUUCUGGUCGAACGGCCCGAGAUUGUCGAUUGUCAGGAGAAGGUAGGCGAUCACGGGCAACAGCACCGGGCGUCGUCCUCCGGAAGUCACCGCCGAAUGGACGAAUCGGUGAGCGACGUCGAGGAGUACGGAGCCAACGUGGAAGAGGAUAAUGCCUCGACGCGAAGCUUACGUGGCAGUUAUUAUUCACAGGAACCAAACGAACACACUCCUAUCAUCGGCAGCAUUAAUCGCGCACCCCGAGAAGACGCCAUCGGAUUUUUCGGCGCACUUCGCAUCCCGGGCGUGAUCGAAUUUUCCCUCAGUCUGUUCUUCUCCAAGCUCGUCAGCUACACAUUCCUGUUUUGGCUACCAUUUUACAUUCAACAUUCGACUUCGAUGGGCGCUAAGCUAUCCGCGGACGUAUCGACGGUGUUCGAUAUUGGAGGCAUCGUUGGUGCCAUCGCAGCUGGAAUGUUGUCCGAUGCGAGCAGUAUGCCGGCAACGACAUGCACCGGAAUGCUGGCAAUGGCCGCUCCAUUGCUUCUAAUCUACCGACACUGGGGUAGUGUUUCCCUUUCGCUCAACAUCAUGCUGCUGUUCAUCGUCGGAAUCACAGUGAAUGGGCCAUACGCGCUUAUCACGACGUCGGUCAGUGCCGAGCUUGGACAGCACAGCUCCUUAAACGGGAACUCGAAGGCUCUAGCCACGGUUACUGCAAUUAUAGACGGUACUGGUUCGAUUGGGGCAGCCUUGGGUCCGCUGCUGGCCGGCAUGUUUUCCGGCUGGAGUAACGUCUUCUACAUGCUGGUGGUGUCGGACGUGAUGGCAUUGUUGCUGCUAAUGCGCAUCACCAGCAAGGAGUGCUCGCGGCGCAGCAUCUCGCGAAGAUAUAACGUGCGCGUUGAGUAACACGUGGCGCUUAACCAAAUCAUUUAAGGUGAAACAAUGCUACGCUACAUCUCGAUAUGGGUAGCGAUAGUACCGGAAGGGGAUCGUGAUAGUACAUAGUCUCUUUUAUCAAUUGCCUUUAGUUGUAAGCUCCAAGAAAAAUUAUCUUAAAAUAUAACCUUAUUUUCCGGAUGU